GAAGCUCAGAAGGGACCUCUGCUUUUUGAUGACCUCCCUCCGGCCAGCAGUACUGACUCAGGUACAGUCUUCAGGCUCUCCCAGGGUCAGGGGGACCUUUGCUUUUUGAUGAUCUCCCACCAGCCAGCAGUGGUGAUUCAGGUCCUCUCGACACGUCGAUGUCCCAGACGGUAAAGAAUGAAGAGAAAGGAGCAAAGAGAAAAGCCCCCGAAGAAGAGAAGAAUGGCAGUGAAGAGCUUGUGGAAAAGAAAGUUUGUAAAGCCUCCUCAGUGAUCUUCGGUUUGAAAGGCUAUGUGGCCGAGCGGAAGGGCGAGCGAGAGGAGAUGCAGGACGCCCACGUCAUCCUGAAUGAUAUCACGGAGGAGUGUGGGCCCCCGUCGUCCCUCAUUACCCGGGUUUCGUAUUUCGCUGUUUUUGAUGGUCACGGAGGAAUUCGAGCCUCAAAGUUUGCUGCACAGAAUUUGCAUCAGAACUUAAUCAGGAAGUUUCCUAAAGGAGAUGUAAUCAGUGUAGAGAAAACCGUGAAGAGAUGCCUUUUGGACACUUUCAAGCAUACUGAUGAAGAGUUUCUUAAACAAGCUUCAAGCCAGAAGCCUGCCUGGAAGGAUGGCUCCACCGCGACGUGUGUUCUGGCCGUGGACAACAUUCUCUAUAUCGCCAACCUUGGAGAUAGCCGGGCAAUCCUGUGUCGUUUUAAUGAGGAGAGUCAAAAGCAUGCAGCCUUAAGCCUCAGCAAGGAGCAUAAUCCCACACAGUACGAAGAGCGAAUGAGAAUACAGAAGGCUGGAGGAAACGUCAGGGACGGUCGUGUGUUGGGCGUGCUGGAGGUGUCACGCUCCAUCGGGGACGGACAGUACAAGCGCUGCGGGGUCACCUCGGUGCCGGACAUCAGACGCUGCCAGCUGACCCCCAAUGACAGGUUCAUUCUGCUGGCCUGUGAUGGCCUCUUCAAGGUCUUCACGCCAGAAGAAGCGGUGAACUUCAUCCUGUCCUGCCUGGAGGAUGAGAAGAUCCAGAGCCGGGAAGGGAAGCCCACCAUGGACGCCCGCUACGAAGCUGCCUGCAACAGGCUGGCCAACAAGGCGGUGCAGCGGGGCUCGGCGGACAACGUCACUGUGAUGGUGGUGCGGAUAGGGUCCCCGUGAGGGCUGGCGGGGCCGGGAGCGCGGCAUGGUAUUGACUUCACAGGUUCAUCGUGUGUGUGUGCACAUUCUGUGUGUUUCGUGUACUCCUGUGGGACUCCCAUGGUUGUAAAUAAAGGUUUCUUUUUUUUUU